UCCCCGCCGGAUUCAAUCAAAAUUUCACGAAUCUUCGUCUUUUUUCAGUUCGCGGCAACUCUGAAUUCGAAACUUCUCAACCCUAAUUCUUAUACUAAAAUGCGAAUCCUUCCCAAACUUCCAAUCCCAUUCCUUUCUCGAAGCUAUCAGUCGAACUUGCAGACCCAAAAUGGAUUCCCUCCAUGCCUUACCUCCUCUCAAAAGGCUCAUAAUCCUUCAAGAACUAGAACGAAAGCAGCAAGAACAGGAUCAAUCUCUCCAUUCUUGUUCCCUCCCUGCGAAGAAGCGAAAGGAGUCUCGUGAUUCAUCAAUCUUCAUCCCUGACGCUACAUUACCCCACCGAACCGCCAUUUCCGCUUCUCCUUACUGCUUGCCGACGAAGAAAAGAGUCUGGGCGUUUCAUCCUGAUUUUGCCCCUGAAUCUCUGGAUCUCAAUGUUGAAUACAAGCCUCCUCCGGAAGAAAUAUCGAUUUCAGAAGCAGAAUCAGAGAGAGAGGAAAAAGAGAAAAAGGAAAGCUCUGAUAUUGAAAUUGAGCAUCAAGAGAUUGAAGCUAUCCAAGAAGAAGAAGAUGAUGAUGAGGAUGAAGAGGACGGAAUCCUCUGUGCGAUUUGUCAAAGCACGGAUGGAGACCCUUCUGAUCCAAUCGUGUUCUGCGAUGGAUGUGAUUUGAUGGUACAUGCUUCGUGCUACGGCAAUCCUCUGGUGAAGAAUGUACCAGAAGGUGAUUGGUUCUGUACCCAGUGCUUAGCUUCUUCGUCUUCCAAGACGGAGAAGAAAGCUUCUGAAACACCAUUUUCAUGCUGUCUUUGUCCUCUCAAAGGAGGGGCAAUGAAGCCAACAAACGAUGGCCGAUGGGCUCAUAUUGUUUGUGGCCUCUUUGUUCCUGAAGUGUUCUUCGAAGACCCAGAUGGCAGAGAAGGGAUUGAUUGCUCAAAGAUUCUCAAAAGGAGAUGGAAAUCUCAAUGCUAUAUCUGCAAAACCUCUGAAGGUUGUGCCAUUGAUUGCUCAGAGGCUAAAUGCAGUUUGGGUUUUCACGUUACUUGUGGGUUGAAGGAGGAUCUUUGCAUUGAGUAUCAAGAAGGAAGGAGAUCUGGUGCUAUUGUAGCUGGGUUCUGCAAAACCCAUACUGAUUUGUGGAAGAAGCAACAACUAACAGGAAAGUUCAAGAUUGUGGCCAGAGAUGAAAGUAAGUAAUAGCUACUGGGAAAUCAGCAAAAAUCAGCUUUAGCCACUAAAUUUAGGAUCAAUGAUUUCAGUUUAUGUUUUGAUCUUUGUAGUAACAAACUAGUCUUGUAAUUACUUUGCUCAUGGGAUACCUAUCCUUACAUCAGUAGUGUAAUUAGAGGACAAGGAAUUAUUGAGUAGUUGGAGUAAAACUAAUAAAAUAAAUGAAUUUUCGGAUGCUAA